AUUCCUAAUCCAUCCAACCUUCAAUGGCCAAGAUUUCUCCUGAACAAAGCUUUCAUGGCUCACCUCAUCCUUCCCCAAAUCCCCGCCUCCUCCCUCCCCACUUCCACCCCAGCACGCCGCACUCCUCUCCCUACUCGCUCAUCCGCCAACCCUCAAUCGCCGGCCUCCCCAUCCUCCAUCCUCAUCAUCGGCGGCGGCCUCGCAGGACUCGCCGCCGCUACCCACCUUCACGCCGCCAAACUUCCUUUCCUUCUCCUCGAAUCAUCCGACGGCCUUGGCGGCCGCGUCCGCACCGACUCCGUCGACGGGUUCCUUCUCGACCGUGGCUUCCAAAUCCUCCUCACCGCCUACCCCGAAGCCCGCCGACUCCUUCACUUUCCUUCCCUCGAUCUCCGUCCCUUCUACCCCGGUGCCCUCGUCUUCCACUCCGGCCGCCUCCACCGCGUCGCCGACCCCUUCCGCCGCCCCAUCGACUCUCUCCUCUCCCUCCCCAACCCCAUUGGAUCCGUCCUCGACAAGCUCAUAGUCGGCAUCCACCGCCUCCGCGCUCCCACUUCAUCCCCCGAAACCACUAUAUCCCACCGCCUCCGUGCCCUAGGCCUCUCCCCCUCCAUCAUCGACCGCUUUUUCCGCCCCUUCCUAGCCGGAAUAUUCUUCGAUCCCGACCUCUCCACUUCCUCCCGCCUCUUCGAUUUCAUCUUUCAAUGCCUUGCCGCCGGCGAUAACGCCCUUCCCGCCCUUGGCAUCGGAGCCAUCCCCACCCAGCUCGCUGCCAAUCUGCCCUCAUCCUCCAUCCGCCUCCAAUCCAAGGUUCUCUCCAUCGUUCCCGGAAACCCACCGGACGUAAAUCUCGCAGGCGGCGAGACGCUCGCAGCAAACCUGGGAGUGAUCGUCGCCGUCGAGCAGCCGGAGGCGCUGCGCCUUCUUCCCCAAAUUAAAACUGAAUCGCGAAGACCGGCUAGGAGCACGGUCUGUCUCUACUUUGUCGCCGACCGGAUCCCAGUUCGCGAGCCGGUCCUAAUAUUGAAUGGUUCGGGCGAGGGAAUAGUGAACAACAUGUGCUUUCCUACGAACGUAUCGGCGAGCUACGGGCCCGCGGGCGGGUCGGCGCUGGUAUCGGUUUCGGUUGUGGGAGAUGGCGGCGGCGCUGGACGGUCCGAUGAGGAACUUGCGGCGGAGGUGGUGCGGGAGCUUGGCGGUUGGUUCGGGCCGGAGGAGGUUAGAUCAUGGAAGCUACUGAGAACGUAUCGGAUUGGGUUCGCGCAGCCGGAUCAGAGUCCGCCCACUGAGUUAACGGAUAAAGAUCCGCGCGUCGGUGAUGGGGUUUAUAUCUGCGGAGACCAUUGGAGCUCGGCGACUUUCGAUGGAGCUUUGGUGUCAGGGAGACGGGCGGCCGAGGCUCUCAUCAGGGAUAUGAUCGCAGCUCGCUCUUGAUUGGUUUUAUAUUCAAAUGUAAUUUUUUCUUCUUAAAUUUUGUUCUUGUAGACUCUAAUAAGAGGCUGUUUCUCGUUUGGCAGCAGGAUUUAAUAGAAUUUAUGCAGAAUUUGAGCAGUAUUUAUGCUA